CCACUCUUUGGCUUUAAUACAUUUUGAAGUAACAUUUUUAACCUGCAUAUUUGAGGAUUCAUUUACGGUUAGACAUUAAUUGUUGUUGUGAGAUUAUUUUCACCACCGUGUCUGGUUCACUGUGAUAAAGUACUAAGCCCCCAUCACACUGUUUUGGAGAGCCAGGGUGACUGUGGUCUUGCUGUGCCAGCCAACACACACACACACACACACACACACACACACACAAAGACAUAAACAAAGACCCAUACACACACACACAGUCAAGCUCUGUCACAUUUAUGAUUGAUAACCCCCAGACAUGGCAUCGAAAUGGACAUCAUUCUUUAUUUUUAACAGGCCUAGAGUGAGUUCGACAGCUCAUUUCAACGCCAGAAUCAACCUCGUUAAAGGAAAAUUAUUUCUUGUGAAUUGUUUGUGUAGUAAAAGUGAUACAACUGUCACAGCUACAGUACUUGCUAAUUGCAUUCUGUUGUUGACAAGGCGUUGCUGCUUGUUCCAUUUUCAUCUUGAUCAGAUAAUGGGUGUAAUUUGUGAAUAUGGUUUAUCGUAAUUAUUAUUUUAAUUAUCCCUAAAUCCUAAAAGAUCAUAAUUUGCUCAGUGGGUGUAGAAUGUAAAUGAGUUGAUUUUACCACUCAUUCAACCAUAUGAAUGUAUCAGCAGUCAGUUUGUACAGCAUCUAAUAUUACAUGCUAUUUUAACCCAUAUACCAUUGUAUAAUAUAAUUUAGGAAUGAUUUGACAAGGAAAUGCUAAACCUCUGUCCCUAUGUGUUGACCUCAGUGCCCAAACUGCCUGUCUAUCUAAACAAGAGACAGUCAGCUGCCGCUACGCGCAAGGCCCCAUGUGGCAGCUCUGACGCCCGUGAUGCCUGCCACACACACACACACGCAUUGAUGCCUGCCACACACACACCCUCCACCCAACGGCCCUCUCUCUUUCUCGCUCUGUCCCGCCCCCUGUUCUACCUCAUACCCUUUGACUUUCUUACCUUGGUGUAUAUAUAGUCAGUGAGGCUAUCAGAGUUCUCCUGGCAGCCAUCAUGAAGGGUAUAGUCUCAAUCUGCUGCUUCUUCAGCCUGCUGCUCCUGGCCUUAGCAGAGGAGGAGGAGGUGGAGGAUGUCCUGAGCAACAUCCUGAGAGACAGAUCACACAUCGACGAGACGCUGAGGCUGGCCUCUGAGGAGAACGCAGCAGAAAACUAUCAUGCUGCUAUUCAGAAGUUACGUAAGAUCUACCACGCAGCCAUCAAGCCCAUGGAACAGGCCUAUAAGUACAACGAGCUCAGAGCACAUGAGAUCUCAGAUGGGGAGAUCACCUCCAAGCCCAUGGUGUUGUUCCUUGGGCCCUGGAGUGUAGGCAAGUCCUCCAUGAUCAACUACCUGCUUGGCCUGAAGGACAGCCCCUACCAGCUGUACACAGGUGCUGAGCCCACCACCUCUGAGUUCACUGUGAUCAUGCACGGCGAGAAGACCCGCUCCAUAGAGGGUAUCGUCAUGGCGGCCGACAGCUCGCGCUCCUUCUCGCCCCUGGAGAAGUUCGGGCAGAGCUUUCUAGAGAAGCUGAUCGGCAUUGAGAUGCCCCACAAGCUGUUGGAGCGCGUCACCUUCGUGGACACACCUGGAAUCAUUGAGAACCGCAAGCAGCAGGAGAGAGGCUAUCCCUUCAACGACGUGUGCCAGUGGUUCAUCGAUCGUGCCGACCUCAUCUUCGUGACCUUUGACCCCACCAAGCUGGAUGUGGGCCUGGAGCUGGAGAUGCUCUUCCGCCAGCUGAAGGGACGUGAGUCCCAGAUCCGCAUCAUCCUCAACAAGGCAGACAACCUGGCCACCCAGGACUUGAUGCGUGUCUACGGUGCCCUCUUCUGGUCGCUGGCGCCCCUCAUCAACGUCACAGAGCCCCCAAGGGUCUACGUCAGCUCUUUCUGGCCUUACGACUACGCACCCGACACCAGCCGCGAGCUGUUUAAGCGCGAGGAGAUCUCCCUCUUGGAAGACCUAAACCAGGUGAUCGAGAACCGCAUGGAGAACAAGAUCGCCUUCAUCCGCCAGCAUGCCAUCCGGGUGCGUAUCCACGCCCUUCUGGUGGACCGCUACGUUCACACCUUCAAGGACAAGAUGAGCUACUUCAGUGACCCCGACCUGGUAUUCAAGGAGAUCGUGGACGACCCGGACAAGUUCUUCAUCUUCAAGUCCAUCCUGGCCAAGACCAAUGUGAGCAAGUUCGACCUGCCCAACCGUGAAGCCUACCAGGACUUUUUCGGUGUGAACCCGAUCGGCAGUUUCAAGUCCCUGUCCGCCCAGUGCUCCUACUCAAGCGGCUGCCUGCUGGACAAGAUCGAGAAGGCCAUCACCAGCGAGCUGCCGGGUCUUCUAAGCAGCAUCAACCCAGGCAAGGCCCCCCCCGGCCUGUCCUCCUGCGAGGCCACUGGAUGCGGAGACAAGCCUAAGAACCGCUAUCGGAAAAACUGAUAGAAUACGAGAGAGAGGGGGAGGGAAGAGGAGAAAGGAAGAGGAGGAGGUGUGAAGGAGUGAUAAAGGGGAACGGUGACAUUUGUCAGACCCCCGGUCUUGUCAGAAGCCUGUAAUGUUGUUGUUUGAGGAGACAGAGGAGAAGGGAAGGGUUCAUUUAGAGGGUUGUUUCUCAGGAGAACAAGAGGUGGUGGUGUGUUGAGGAUUUGGGGAGAGGAAGAGAUGGAGGGAGGGAGGGAGGGUUGGUUUGUGUGUCUGAUUUGGCAGCUGAGAAUAAUAGUUGCUUGGAGAGAUGAGAAGAUUACAGAAUAACUAAUCUCCCUCCUCUCUCCCUUGCACAACCACAACGAACUGUCUGUUAUUGCGGGAAAAAUAUGUAAAAUUGUAUAAAACCAAAAAAUCGUGAGACUGAAACAGUCACCCACCAGCUCCCUUGUAUGUGAAUAAAAUGGGAAAUUGGAAACAGGA